AGCCCUGGCGGACAGACGGGGGCGGAAGACGGUCAGGACAGGACGGCGCAGCCCCAAAGAAUCCAGACGUGGAGGUCUGGGCCUACGGAGAGCUAGUCUUGAGGCAAGGGGUGACGAUGCCCGGGACUUCUCAGCUGGCCUCCUCUAAGCCAUCUCAGGCAACUCUCACUCCCCUCCCCGCAGGCCUUCCAUCAACAGUCAGCCCUGCUUCAGCUUCUCCGGCUGAGUCACUUAUUCGUGCUCCACCCAGGCCCUGUCUCCCUCCAUUUCCUCUCUGCCCUUCAUUGGAGACUCCUUUCCUCCACCCGUGACUCCUGCUUCUCAUAAGUCUGCAGUGAAGGGGUUGUCUGAGAUGCAGAAAUCCACUCCACUUUGCCAGGAGGAGGGGAGAGCACCGCCCCUCCCGGCGGCCCACCUCCCUCUGGUCUGGCUCCUGCGGGACACACACCCCUACCCUAGACCCAGCCUGUCAGCCUGCCCUAGAAGGAGAGAGAAACAAGCAUGAGGCCGUUUGCCUCUUAAAAAUACACACCAGCGCGGCUGGAGGGCAGGGCCCAUGCCUUUUUAUGAUCCUGCCAGCACAGUGUGGAGGAUUAAAGAGCGCUAUAUAUUAAUAAUCAAAAGAAUAAUAAGCAACCCAAUGGGCCAAGGCUGUGGGGUGGAGAGGCAGCUCUACAGAGGAGACUUGAUGCACCCAAGCCACACCCUGAUAAGGUCUGCAAUGGGAAUUAAAUCACUUCUGUCAGUACAGCUGGAGUGGUGUGAGGCGUGGAGCCCGGCCCAGAAGUGAGCCAGGCCAGGGGAUGCGAGGCAGAGCACAUCGCUGAGCCCUGUUCUUUGGUACAUCAGAGUGUGCACUCAUGGAAUUAUUCAGGGGGAAGUUCAGUGGUCAGUGACCUGGGGGAUAAGAAGGGAGUGGCUAGGAUUAAGAUGCCAGACCUGGGCCAACUGGUUUGAAGUAAAGGGUGUACAGAACCGGGAAGUGUUACUCAGCUCGGAUGCCCCUGCUUCUCAGACUAGCGCCAGCCUUCCUGCUUCUAGCUGCAGUAGCUGCCAGGACAGCUGUCCUGGCAGCCGGACCCACACACCUAAGGUUGGCCCAGGGUACUGCUGACAAUUCAGGGCAGGCCUCUGUGGCCUAGCCCUUUCCCCAGAGGAGGGACCCCAAAUAAGGCCCAAGAGGCCUGAGGGGAAGAAGGCCUGGAGCAUGGUGGGAAAGGAGGCCACAGGACCCCUGGCCCUCAACUGCUCUCUCUGGCCCUGAGGCUAUCGGAGUAAAUCGAGGAAGAUGAGGAAUGGCCAGACUGAGGGUCAGGCUCAGGGGAGGGCAAUUUCCCCUCCCCAAGGUAAUGCUGCUCUGCUGAGAAAACUGAAGAGUCACCCUGGCAUGCCCCGAGCCCAGCCCUGGGAGGAGCCAGCCCUUUAUAGGCAUGGGGCUGCUUCCCAUUAACACACCCUCUGCCCAGCCCCCCCCAUACCUGCAGGCUUGGCUAAUGAGGGCCUGUCACCAGGCCGCAGGACUGAGUCACCCACAUCAGUGACAAGUCUCUCUUCCUUCCCCAACAACUGUUCCACAUGCCUGCCUUUCAAUUAACUCCCACCCUCCCUGAGCUCCUCCCUCCCAGACACAUGGAGGGGCGGCCGCGGAGCCAGGCCCACCAGCGAGGGCCCAGAGCAGCGGGGCUGUGGGGAAAAGGAGACAACGUGAUGACACACCAGGCAGGGCUGCCCCUCGAAAGUCCCCAGGGGAAGCCUAAGCUCCCCAGUGCCCUGGGGUGUUGGCCUCGGCUGGCCCAAUCCCUGCAUGCGGAUGCUGCAAUUACCUAAGAGCAUGAAACCCAGCUUCCCACCUGACUGAGUCACCUGAAAACAAUCAUACGUCCCCACUGCCACACACUGGCACAAACAGCCAAGCCACUAAUCAGAGUCCGGGAGCCGCCGCAGAGAGGCCUGGCCCUGCGCUGCCCUAAAGCCAGGCGCUGGGGCCAGGGAGGGAAGGUGAUCUUGGGACCACCAGAGCGCUGAGGAAACAGCACAGGCCACUCAGCACGAAGAUCCAUCUCUGACACCACAGGCGCUGCCCUCACUCCCGCUCCAGUAAGUGCUGCUUCUUCCUCUUGCGUUGUUUUUUUUUUUUUUUCCACUGCCCUAUCAAGUAACCAGGGCACUCCUGUCCCUCUGGGCAACUCCUGUCACCAGGGACUCCCACCUCUGCUCUCCUGGACAAAAGUGCUCUCCCCAGGAGCCCUUCCCACCAACUAAGAUGCUGGCCAAAGGUCUGUGCUUCUAGCCCACUAGGGCUGUCUUCCCUGAUUCUUGCCAUUCGCUGCUCCGGUAGGGACCUCAUGGUCCCUGGCAACUCUUGAACUGGGCUGCUGAGGUACCGAGCUUGUCUGCUGGCUCCGCGGGGUGCUAAUGGAGACCUGGCGGAAAGGCUCCUUCCGCAACGCCUCCUUCUUCAAGCGGCUGAGCCUGGGGCGGCCGAGGCGACUCCGGCGACAGGGCAGCGUGCUCAGUCAGGCCAGCACGGCUGGCGGGGAUCACGAGGAGUACAGCAACCGAGAGGUCAUCCGGGAGCUGCGAGGGAGGCCAGAUGGCCGGCGCCUGCCUCUGUGGGGGGACGAGCAGCCCCGGGCCACCCUGCUGGCCCCACCCAAGCCUCCUCGCCUCUACCGAGAGAGCUCCAGCUGCCCCAACAUCCUGGAGCCCCCACCUGCCUACACUGCCGCCUACGCCGCUACCCUGCCUUCGUCGCUCUCCCUGGCGGGCACCCUCCACCACUACUCUGAAGAGGACCUUUUGGACACUCCCCCCUUCCAGAGGACACCUGCCCCAGACCUCAGUGAUCCCUUCUUCUCCUUCAAAGUGGACCUGGGGAUUUCACUUCUUGAGGAAGUUCUACAGAUGCUGAGGGAACAAUUUCCCAAUGAGCCUAACUUCUAAAUGGAGUGCGUGGAAGGCAGACGUGGGGUAACUGGAAGAGCUGGAAGCCUGGAGACCCAGGGAAGGAGGGUACGAUUGCAGAUUAAGGUAGGGACAGAAAUCCAGGAUCCUGCCUGCCCUCUGGGUCCUCAACAGUCCUCCCUGUGACCCUGGAGCAGAGGGUCAGAGGCACAGAGGCAAGCCGGGAAAGUUGUGAGGGGGUACUUGCUGGCAGGAGCCCUGAAAGCAGCUGGCUAGGCUGGGAAAGGGAGGCCAUGCCUGUAACCGCGGGGACAAGGCAGAGGCCAGCAGAGGGGGAGGGGAGCCCAAGGAGAGGGGUGAGUCAGGGAGUGAAGGACACGCACACUGAGCAGAUCAGAUGGGUGCCCUGCACCAGCCCCCUCUGAAGCCACUGUUUAUAGAGAGACAUUACAAGACAGGUUUAGGCAAAAGUGGUCUGACCCAGGCCAAAGAGGAGAGUGGGGAGACCUGAGGGGAGAGCCACCAGGUACAUGUGGUUGUUCAGACUGAAAUCAAGUAAAAUUAAACAUUUAGUUCAUUGGUGGCAUUAGCCACAUUUCAAAUCUUCAGCAGCCACACGUGACUAGUGGCUAACACCCUGCACAGUGCAAGUUGAAUGUGAACAUUACUGGAGAAAGUCCUGUUAGCACUGGCAUAGACAGACCAGAGCCCUGAGCCACCAGUACCAUGGUGGGGGGAGGGGGAGAGGAAUCUGGGGGGAGGGGCUGGCAGAGUAGGAAGAGCGAGGCAUUUAGAGGUGCAAGGUAGAAUCAGGAAAAAAAGCCAAACAAAUCAUUUCCAGAAAAGGGAUGCGAGACCCAACAGAGCUGCCCAGAGCACGCCCUGGUGCCCAAGGAAGGUGUCUGAGGGAAUGCCAGCCAAAGGCACAGAUACAGCUCACAAUGGGGUGCUCAGAGAGUUCCCACAAUUACUAGUGAUGGGAGCCCUUGAGAAAUGUAGCAGAAAGGUGGCAGAUUUCCCUCCUUCCUGCCCUGGGAGCACAGGACUGGAUCAGAGGAUGGACACGAAACUCGUGGCUGUUACUAUGAAGAGGCUCAGCUGGUCUCCAGAAUCGUCCACAGGACUGGGGAGCUCUGCGUUGCCCGAACCCCUGAUGAUGGGGGCCCAACAUGUAGGGCAGAGCCCACUGGGUCAAGGCCAUAGGCUCUGCUACUGCCCUGCUCUGUGGUCUGGCCAGAAGACUUGAAACCAGAGCCCAAAUUGUCUGGGCCACACGGUUUUGGCACCCCAGGCCUUUUCAAGCAUGGCAGAGGGAGAGAAGAAGCUUCUAUGUACACUGCUUCCAUACCCAAACCUGCAACCCCUCUCUCCUCUCCUCUGUGUGGAUGUCCUGAGCCGAAAGGCUCCCCUCCGGAUGCAAGAGAUAAUGAAUAAAGUUCUUUAUAA